AUGGCCGCCCACGCCAAGUCAGCAGACCACAAGUGGGAGUGCUGCCGAAAUGCCAGCGAAGCGCAGAUCGACGCUGUGCGGGAGAAGGUUAGGUGGAUGCACCGGGUGAAGUGGGCAGGUUACGCUCGCUGUAAUUACUGCUGGACGCCACAGGCACUUUGCAACAGAUGGGAAGAGACAGAUACGCCAGGCGCGUUUGCGAGAAGGAGUAAUGGACUGUGCCAGUACCUAGACGUACUGCAGCAGGCAGCAGCUGCAAUACUUGCUUUGCGAGAGUCAGCAUGCAGGCCGUGGCUUGAGCAGCAGAUGCAAGAAGCAGCCAUUGUGCAGGGAAGCUACGAUGAGCAGCUUCGCAAAUGGCUUGGCCUGAAAACUAAGAUGAGCGAGAAGGACGCAAGCUACAUGUGCUGUCUGUUGUAUGCUUGGGAGGAGGGGCAAAUACAGCGCUCUAGAUGA